AUGAAACUCCGAUCUCUUCUCCUCCUGGCAUAUAGCAUGAGUGCUUCUGUCGCGGCCAUUUCACAAAAUCCAGUCAAUUCAGUGAAUGUCCCAUCGCAAACCCAACACCUGACAACGAAGACAAAGCACACGACAGUCGGUACCAGUGCCAAAACCAAAACCAAAACCACCACCAAGAUAAAGCACACGAAAACCACCACCACGACCAACAAGCCAACAGGAAGACCCUGUGCGGGCAACACGCCCCGAACACGGUCCCAGUGGUGCCAAUUUAACGCCGAUACCGACUACACGAAGAUAGUACCAAACACAGGCGUAACACGGGAGUACUGGCUCAACGUCGAAGAGCUAGUAGCAGCACCAGAUGGUUUCAGCCGUCCAGUAAUGGCCAUGAACGGCACGAUUCCCGGCCCAACAAUCUUCGCAGACUGGGGCGACUGGGCCGUGAUCCACGUCACGAACAACCUACACAACUCGCAGAAUGGGACGAGCGUUCACUGGCACGGGGUCAGACAGAACCACACGAACGGCAACGACGGCGUCGUCUCCAUCACGCAAUGUCCCACCGCACCAGGCUCAACAAUAACAUACAAAUGGCGCGCCGAGCAGUACGGUUCGUCGUGGUACCAUUCGCACAUUGGACUACAGGCAUGGGAGGGUGUGUUUGGCGGGAUAGUUAUCAAUGGCCCUGCUACGGCGAACUACGAGGUCGAUAAGGGCAGUCUGUUCCUGACGGAUUGGUCCCAUCGCACUGCUGAUCAGCUGUACUCGGAGGCUCAGACGAUUGGACCCCCGACGUUGGAUACGGGCUUGAUUAACGGGACCAAUGUCUUUGGUAAUGGGACCAAUUCUACCGGCCAGCGGUUCCAGAUGAAGGUUGAUCAGGGGUCUUCGUAUCGGCUGAGGAUUGUUAACUCGGCUGUUGAUACGCACUGGAAGUUCAUGAUUGAUAAUCAUACGCUUACUGUUAUUGCGGCGGACUUUGUGCCGAUCAGGCCGUAUACGGCAAAUUAUAUCGAUAUCGGAAUGGGCCAACGCUAUGAUGUGAUCGUAACCGCAGACCAACGCCAAAUCUCCGACUCAUUUUGGAUCCGCGCAAUCCCACAAGAAGCAUGCUCAGAAAACGCAAACCCAGACAACAUAAGAGGGAUCCUUUACUAUGGAAACCGACCCGGUACACCCGCAACAAGACCGUACACCUUCCCAGACGAAUGUAUUGACGAAUCUGCCUCCAAAAUAGUCCCCCGAGUCCCAAAAACAGUCUCAGCCGCAGAAUGGAAUAACCUAACUGACGUGAAACUGCGCCGGAACAAUGCCAACCUAUUUCGCUGGUACCUCAACAGCACAACGAUGCAAGUUCUUUGGGAGGAUCCCACGUUACUACAGCUCUUCAACAAGGAAAUUACGCCGAACUUCACAGCGUCGAGCGGAGUCAUUGAGCUGCCGCGGGAGAACGAGUGGGGGUCGAAUCCGUGGAAUGGGAGUGUUGUGACUAAUAACCCGCCGCGGAGGGAUACGGCGAUGUUGAAUGGGAAUGGGUUUUUGCUUAUUGCGUUUGAGACGGAUAAUCCCGGGGCGUGGCUUAUGCAUUGUCAUAUUGGGUGGCAUACGGAUGAGGGCUUUGCGUUGCAGUUUUUGGAGAGGGAGAGGGAGAUUGAGCCGUUGAUUGAUCGGAAGGCGCUUGGGGAUAAUUGUGCUUCUUGGAAUGCUUAUGAUAGGGCGUUUGAUAUUGAUCAGGAGGAUUCGGGGGUUUAG